AUGCUUUGUUCUCCGGGACAAUACCUCGCUGGGUCACCUGAUACGAGGCUGCAAAGCGAGAACCAUGAGCACUGUGGAGGAGGAGCCGGACCACAUGAUACCAUGAAGAGAAGCCUGCAGGUCCUGCCCCACCAGCUGCUGAGUGUUCUACUGAUUCUGUUUGUGCCAGUUGGGCUGGUGUUCUCUGCAGAAGAGCUUUACCCCAGCCAAACCCUUCGGGACCUUGUCUCCAUGUCAACGAGGACUAGAACCCUCUCCACCCUCUCACCGGGGUCCUUGAGCUGGCAGGAGGGUUCCAGCACUGGGGAUCUGCACAAUCAGGCACUGGCCUCUCUAGAAGCCAUCCGUAGACCCACUACCGUCGACCCAUUCCAGACACCGAAGACCACUGUACCUUCUGCCAUAGGUCAGACAUCAAUAAUAGGGGUCCAUCCAGUUGAUCUUCUUAGGGAUCAGGAACCACCUGGUAUCCCUCUUUCAAAAGCAGAAGCACCCCAAAUGACCUCUGGAAGUAUGUUCAAUAGAACAACCUCUGGGUUUUUCACCCCCAGAACACAAGAGCAGAACUUUAGCACUAAUACAGAUAAGCCGAGUACAAUCAGUAGAAAGCCAGUGAACCGGUUUGAGCCCUCAGGUUUGGUCCAUAGGAAUCAGAUCAGUGCUACUGCAGUGAACAGUGGAAACCAAACCACAAAUUCUGGCUCGGGUAAUUCUUUAUUCUCAGGGACUGAAAGUGAUGUGACCCCUAGUGCCAAGGGCCUUUUGGAGAAUCCAGACACUGGAGAGAUGGGAGUAGAGGACCCCAUUGAUCCUAUACAACAUCAGUCAUCACCAUUCAUUUCACCCUCAAAAACCCACAAAGGGCAGAAUGAGGACAAGUCGGCUCCACAUCACACCAUUACAUUGCGCGACGUGUCGUCAACAGAGAAUUCCACUCUCCCUUUGGAAAUGUUGGGAGAGGCUUUAGCACAAACUGACAUCCAGUCUCCUUCUCCAGCUCUAGCCCCACCUUCCAACCACAUUACCACAUCCAAUACCACUUCUUUUGUAGAGAGUGGAAGCUCUGUGGAAGUCCUAGGUGGUAGGAAUGGAACCACCAACAUGACCAUUGAUUCUCUUGUCUCCCUGACUAAUGUCACAGACGUUAUCAACAGCACUGGAGCCUCAUGGCCUGCAGCGAAUGAUCCGGAUACAUCAGAGGCACCCUCCACAGCUAGCGGGAGCUUCAUGAACAGGCAGGUCCCAGCCACCACACAAGGCCCAUGGGGGUCUGGAAACCAGUCGGGCCCUGCGUUAGGUCCUAAUCACAAAAAGUUCACCAUCUGCCUGAACAAAAUGGACAUUGUGUGGUUGGUUCUUGCCAUUAGCGUGCCUGUCUCCUCAUGCUCCGUGCUACUUACCGUAUGCUGUAUGAGGAAAAAGAAGAAGUCAUCUUCUCAGGAGAACAACUUGAGCUACUGGAAUGACGCCAUCACCAUGGAUUACUUCACCCGCCAUGCUGUGGAGCUCCCACGCGAAAUACAAUCACUAGAGACUGAGGAUCAGGAGACGUGUCUGCCCCCUAAUGGUGACUACAGCGACAGCGGCGUGGUUCUGGUUAACCCCUUUUGUCAAGAGACUCUCUUUAUCAACAGAGACAAGGCCUCUGACAUCUAAACACACUAUAUUAAAAGGAGACAAAAUCCCUGAGGAUUUUCCAGUCUCUUUUCUUUGCUUGCAUUUUUUAAGAAUAUAUAUAAAUAAAUAUAUAUAUAUAUAUAUAUACACACACAUAUGUGGUGAACCUUCAAAGACUGCGGUUUAUAAAUGAAACUGGUUUCAAUGAGCUGAAAGAAUAUUACAAAAAAGAACAAAUGUUAUUUACUAGGAGGGGGAGCCCUUGCAUAUUUUUCUGAUGUGGAUUUUCUACCAAUGCUUCAUUGUGAUAAGGGUUUUUAUGUCUUUUUUGAAUAAAAACUGUUAAGUGUUGUUGCUCAUAUGUUCCAGUGGCUUUGGUUGUGCAGAGUGCUGAGAAACAUGGCGCGUGGUGUAAGGAUGCUUGUGUGACGUUACCCAAAAUACUUAAUAUGAUUACUUAAAAAAAGCCUGCCGCACUUGAAUUCCGUAUGUAAGGGGAUGCAGGGGUAAAGGGCAUUGAUUCUGGAACGGUUCUGGGAUUGGUCCUGUGGGUACUGCAGCAACCCUCGCUUCCCUCAUGGAGGAACUUGAGUUGAUUGCCUGUUUGCAUUUGAUGGACGACGAAUCAUGACUUUCUGAGAUGUUUGUCCCCAUGUUGAGUCACCAGCCAAAAGACAAAACGACAAUUGUCCCAUUCCUUAGAUGUCGGAGAUGUUUUCAUGAGUGUAUAUGUCUUGUUGCAUGCAUCUGAGGUGUAUGUCUUUAGACUAUAUGAAACAGGAUUUUGUUUCCAUCAAGAUUUCGUUACUCCCUAACACCCUAAAAUUCACGUCGACAGUUGCACAAGCAAGUAGAAAAAAUGAUUAAAUGCCAAUGAAAUGUCUCAUACAAAGGCCUUUGUAUGGUAAUAUUACUGUGCUUCACAUUUCACAUCAUAUCUGUUCAUAUUGUAUGUGUUUGUGUUCAACUUAGCAGGGCUAAGCAUUAUACUGUAUAACUGUAGUGGAAAUGCAUUUUUUUAAUAAACCCAUUUGUUUAUUUGCUAUGCUCUGAUGAAAAUGGCACUACUAUUGCUUCACAGGUUGGCGCUAUAUAUAUAUAAACAUAUAUAUAUAUUGUUAGAAGACAUGUUUUUCUUAGUGAACGGUGAAUGAGUGUGUUUGUUCUGUCUGUCUAUCUCUGUCCCUUGUGUGAACAUUGACGAGAAUAAAUGAGACCAAAAUGAA